AUGUGUCAUUGCGUGCUUUCAUUUUCACGGGAACAAUGUACCAUCUUGUUGCUGCGUGAGAAAGUCGUGUGCCGUCUCGCUGGGAUUCCCUCUGGCUUAACACACUCUCCUCCACAGACUCGCGUGUCCUCUUACUGUGUUGUUGAGAUGCCAUCGGCUGCUCAUGUUGUCGGGCCCGUUCCGUUGUUCUCUUCUGAGUUGUCGCUGGCUUGCUCUCCACCGUGUGUUUUGGCUUUCGGGGUUGGAAAGAACGUUCCCCUUAGCGCGCGGUCCUUGGUGAAGAUGUGCUACCUUAUCGUGGUACCAAGGUUAAGUACUUGA